UGCCUAGACCCUGAGCACGGAGGCGAGGCGGCCUGGAUCCCUCGGCCCGGGGCGGGGGGCAGGGGUGGCACCGCAGAAGAGACCCGGGAUGAAGGGACGGAGCGGUGGCGAUGGGAACCCGCGAGCUUGAGGAAGAGGGACAGGUAGCGGGGCUGGGGGACAGUGGGAAAGGACAGGAGACAGGACUGAGGGAUGUGCCGCUGGGGACAGAAAACUGAGGGUCAGACGCCAGGGACAAGGAGACAGAGCGGACAGAAGACAAGAGUGAAUUUGCUGGACACGUCGACCAUCCACGGGGACUGGGGCUGGCUCACGUAUCCGGCUCAUGGGUGGGACUCCAUCAACGAGGUGGACGAGUCCUUCCAGCCCAUCCACACGUACCAGGUGUGCAACGUCAUGAGCCCCAACCAGAACAACUGGCUGCGCACUAGCUGGGUGCCCCGCGAUGGCGCCCGCCGUGUGUACGCUGAGAUCAAGUUUACCCUGCGUGACUGCAACAGUAUGCCCGGUGUGCUGGGCACCUGCAAGGAGACCUUCAACCUCUACUACCUGGAGUCGGACCGCGACCUGGGGGCCAGCACGCAAGAAAGCCAAUUCCUCAAGAUCGACACCAUUGCCGCCGAUGAGAGCUUCACAGGUGCCGACCUUGGUGUGCGGCGCCUCAAGCUCAACACGGAGGUGCGCGGCGUGGGUCCCCUCAGCAAGCGCGGCUUCUACCUGGCCUUCCAGGACAUCGGUGCCUGCCUGGCCAUCCUCUCUCUCCGCAUCUACUAUAAGAAGUGCCCUGCCAUGGUGCGUAAUCUGGCUGCCUUCUCGGAGGCGGUGACGGGGGCCGACUCGUCCUCACUGGUGGAGGUGCGGGGCCAGUGUGUGCGGCACUCCGAGGAGCGGGACACGCCCAAGAUGUACUGCAGCGCGGAGGGCGAGUGGCUGGUGCCCAUCGGCAAGUGCGUGUGCAGCGCGGGCUAUGAGGAGCGGCGGGAUGCCUGUGUGGCCUGCGAGCUGGGUUUCUACAAGUCAGCCCCUGGGGACCAGCUGUGUGCCCGCUGCCCUCCCCACAGCCACUCCGCAGCCCCAGCUGCCCAAGCCUGCCGCUGUGACCUCAGCUACUACCGCGCAGCCCUGGACCCACCGUCCUCAGCCUGCACCCGGCCACCCUCGGCACCCGUGAACCUCAUCUCCAGUGUGAAUGGAACAUCGGUGACUCUGGAGUGGGCCCCUCCCCUGGACCCAGGUGGCCGCAGUGACAUCACCUACAACGCUGUGUGCCGCCGCUGCCCCUGGGCACUCAGCCACUGCGAGGCAUGCGGGAGCGGCACCCGCUUUGUGCCCCAGCAGACAAGCCUGGUGCAGGCCAGCCUGCUGGUGGCCAACCUGCUGGCCCACAUGAACUACUCCUUCUGGAUCGAGGCCGUCAAUGGCGUGUCUGACCUGAGCCCCGAGCCCCGCCGGGCCGCCGUGGUCAACAUCACUACGAACCAGGCAGAGAUGGGGUCUCCCUAUGUUGCCCAGGCUGAUAUGAAACUCCUGGACUCAAGUGAACCUCCUGCCUCAGCCUCCCAAAGUGCUGGGAUUACAGCCCCGUCCCAGGUGGUGGUGAUCCGGCAGGAGCGGGCAGGGCAGACCAGCGUCUCGCUGCUGUGGCAGGAGCCCGAGCAGCCCAACGGCAUCAUCCUGGAGUAUGAGAUCAAGUACUACGAGAAGGACAAGGAGAUGCAGAGCUACUCCACCCUCAAGGCCGUCACCACCAGAGCCACCGUCUCCGGCCUGAAGCCAGGCACACGCUACGUAUUCCAGGUUCGAGCCCGCACCUCGGCGGGCUGCGGCCGAUUCAGCCAGGCCAUGGAGGUGGAGACCGGGAAACCCCGGCCCCGCUAUGACACCAGGACCAUCGUCUGGAUCUGCCUGACGCUCAUCACGGGCCUCGUGGUGCUUCUGCUCCUGCUCAUCUGCAAGAAGAGGCACUGUGGCUACAGCAAGGCCUUCCAGGACUCAGACGAGGAGAAGAUGCACUAUCAGAAUGGACAGGCACCCCCACCUGUCUUCCUGCCCCUGCACCACCCCCCGGGAAAGCUCCCAGAGCCCCAGUUCUAUGCGGAACCUCACACCUAUGAGGAGCCAGGCCGGGCGGGCCACAGUUUCACCCGGGAGAUCGAGGCCUCCAGGAUCCACAUCGAGAAAAUCAUCGGCUCUGGAGAGUCAGGGGAAGUCUGCUACGGGAGGCUGCGGGUGCCAGGGCAGCGGGAUGUGCCCGUGGCCAUUAAGGCCCUCAAAGCCGGCUACACGGAGAGACAGCGGCGGGACUUCCUGAGCGAGGCAUCCAUCAUGGGGCAAUUCGACCACCCCAACAUCAUCCGCCUUGAGGGUGUCGUCACCCGAGGCCGCCUGGCGAUGAUCGUGACAGAGUACAUGGAGAACGGUUCUCUGGAUGCCUUCCUGAGGACCCACGAUGGGCAGUUCAGCAUCAUGCAGCUGCUGGGCAUGCUCAGAGGCGUGGGUGCCGGCAUGCGCUACCUCUCAGACCUGGGCUACGUCCACCGAGACCUGGCCGCCCGCAACGUCCUAGUGGACAGCAACCUGGUCUGCAAGGUGUCAGACUUCGGACUCUCACGGGUGCUGGAGGAUGACCCUGAUGCUGCCUAUACCACCACGGGUGGGAAGAUCCCCAUCCGCUGGACGGCCCCAGAGGCCAUUGCCUUCCGCACCUUCUCCUCAGCCAGCGACGUGUGGAGCUUCGGUGUGGUCAUGUGGGAGGUGCUGGCCUAUGGGGAGCGGCCCUACUGGAACAUGACCAACCGGGAUGUCAUCAGCUCUGUAGAGGAGGGGUACCGCCUGCCUGCGCCCAUGGGCUGCCCCCGUGCCCUGCACCAGCUCAUGCUUGACUGCUGGCACAAGGACCGGGCACAGCGACCUCGUUUCUCCCAGAUCGUCAGUGUCCUCGACGCACUGAUCCGCAGCCCUGAAAGUCUCAGGGCCACCGCCACUGUCAGCAGGUGCCCACCCCCUGCCUUCGCCCGGAGCUGCUUUGACCUCCGAGGUGGCAGUGGUGGUGGUGGAGGCCUCACCGUGGGGGACUGGCUGGACUCCAUCCGCAUGGGCCGGUACCGAGACCACUUCGCUGCGGGCGGCUACUCCUCUCUGGGCAUGGUGCUACGCAUGAACGCCCAGGACGUGCGCGCCCUGGGCAUCACCCUCAUGGGCCACCAGAAGAAGAUCCUGGGCAGCAUUCAGACCAUGCGGGCCCAGCUGACCAGCACCCAGGGGCCCCGCCGGCACCUCUGACAUGCAGCCGGCAGGGCCCAGGUGGCCACCAAGCCCACCCCAGGUCAUGCCAGCGGCAGAGGUUGUGCGGGGCUGGCAGCAGGCAGGGCGGCCCCAGGCCUCUGCCCUCCUCUCGGGCGAUAGCGGGGCUGAAGGCUCUGCCACAGGACCUGGAGUUAUCAGGGGUCAGGCACCUGGGAAGGUGUCUUUGGUGGCCAGCCUGGCCAGGACACCUGUCCCCCAGGGCAGGUGCCUUCUCUUUUCCAGAGCCUGGGGCCCCCAUGCCACAGAGACCAACAGUGACAUCACUGGCCUGCAUCUGUGUGUGUGUGUGUGUGUGUGUGUGUGUGUGUGUGUGUAUGUGUGUGUGUGUGUGGUGGGGGGUGUUCUCACAAGGUCAUGGGACCCAUGUGAACAAUGUGUGACCGCAUGUGUCUGCCUCGAAUCUCCACAUGGACAUGUGCAUGUUUGGAGCAUGUGCUUCUCUGUGAAGGCUGCAGGCACAUGUGGGUGAUGGUGGAUGAUGUGUCAUGAAUGAGGAGGUGUGUCACAAGGGUGUGAGCAGGGAACUCAGUGUGACACCGCCAGGUCCAGCACCCACGGGAACAGGGGAGAGGCUCAUCCCUACAUCCCCUCAUGCCUGGAGGCUGGAGCCAGGGGCCACUUCUGAACUGCACCAGCACCAGGCCCACCCUUGUCUUCGCCCGGGUGAGCCCACCCUGGCUGUAUCUCAGGUCUGGGUCCUCCCUCCAGCCGAGGAGGCCACCUGCAGCCUCUACCUGGCUCCCAACACUGCUUCAACAGGAAAACAGGGUUCCCGGCAGUCCCACUGGCCACCUUCAUGGAGGCAUCACGGCAGAACAUACAAGAGGCCCACAGCUGGGCUUGGCUGCCUGGCCAGGGUCAGGGACUCAGCAGCCCCCUCUAGCCUCUGAUGCCUUCCCUCCAUGGCCCAGGUCUCACUUGAAGUCCUUUCUCGAACCUUUCACUUCCCAGCCCUGACACCUGCCCCUUGUCCCCAGGCCUAGGAUCAGGGACCAGAGGAUCGUAGCUUCUCAGCCCCCAGUCCACCCCUUCCUGUAGCAUGUGGGGAGACUGAGGCCUGGAGAGUGGGGGGAUGCCCUGUCCCAGGUCACACAGCAACCAAGUGUCAGAGUUGGGGCUCCGCCUCCCACCAAGGCUCUUGUCUCCAUGCACCAUCCCACAUGGGUGCUGGGGGUGGAGGUGCCCUGGAAGCCCCUCUCCUCACACUGACCUCCCCUUACGGCCCACCAGGGUAUGUAAAUAUCUCUUUUCUACCAUGUCAGAAUACUUUUUCCUCACUCCUGACAAUGCAAAAAUGGUCUUCAAAGCACAUAAAAAGCACCCAGGGUGAGAAAGCCCCAUCCCAGGGGCCAUUGGCAAGCAGGGUAGCAGGAACCCCACUGUGUACCCCCUGCCAGCCCCAGAGGGAGGGGCAAGCCCAGCUCCCCAGCCCUGCCCCCCCCUCCCCAUAGCCAGCACAGCUAUCCCGCGGGGACACCAGCACUGAGCCCCCUCUCCCUCCUGCAAUAAUUCGGGGAGUCUCAGCCCCGUCCAGGUGCCGCGGCCAGCUCGCUACACCUCUAUAUAUUAUAUUACUAUAUAGCCGAGCUGCUCUUCCUUCCUAUGGAAGUCGGAAACAUGGUCAGAACACGAUCUGGGGAGGGAUCCUGCCUUCCUCCCCACCCCCACCCCACCCCACUCUUACCCGGUGUCUGGGCUCUGGAUCCUCACAGUCAUGGGGGCACUGUGGGCCUGGCACUUACAAAAGUGUGGCCCCUGCCUCCAGCGUGGGGUCCCUCUCAGGGUCCCAGGGAUCUGCCUCUCUGUGGUCUCCAUCCUGGCUCUUGACCUUACAAUGAGAAUAAAUUCUGCCUCAUCUUU